UUGGUCUACCCACGGCUGCAUGCCAUGUACUGUGGGAUACGUCAGUGCCAUAUUAUUCGUUUUUGACUGCUGAACAGGAAGACUCGACACGAAAUAGCGUUGCUUUGAUGAAAGGCCAUUUUGACUGUUAAGAGCCUGCCAUUAUGUCAGUGAGUGGGGAUGAUGCAAAGCCUCCUUGGAGGAAUCAGCCAGAACCUCUGGCUUUGGAGCUUACCUGCCCUAUUUGUUUGCUACUGUUCUCUGACCCAGUCUCUCUUCCUUGUGGCCAUAUCUAUUGCUUUGCCUGCCUUGAGAAAAUGGGAGCAGGCCUCGACCAGCACUGCUGCCCUGAGUGCCAGGCAGAGUACAGGGGCACCAGAAGUCUUGUGAAGAAUUUCAAAGUGCGCAGCAUUGUCGAGACCUACAGAGCUACUGCAGGGAAUGUCAGCUCCACCAUGAGGCAGUCUGAUGUCAGCUAUGUAACGUUCAAGAGUAAUGCUAGCUCUGUUGCAGAAGAAACAGAGGCAAAUGACCAUCAGCACAUAGAAAAAGCUAAGCAGAGCCAAAAGGAGAACUCAGGGUGUCCUUUAAAGGACUUAGAGGAAUGUAAGGGCAAAGAUGGCUUUCAGAUUGGAUCGGGAUGCACAGACGAGCCCUUUUCUUUGGAUAAAAAACAAGGCAAUGCCAAAGCCAAGUCAGAGAUGGAUGAACCCAAAUUUAGACUGGCAUCUCAAGUGACUGAGUUGACCCUAAAGUUAGAGAUGGCUGAGGGUGUAUUGAAGAAAGAGAAGGAAUGGCAGCUGGAGGUGAAUGCUGCUAACACACAGCUGAGAGAGAGAGCGGCCAAGCUGUUAGAACAGAUCAUCGAUAUGUCGCUGAGCUACAGUGCAGAUGUGACGAAGCUCAUAGAAGAGGAGCUAGGUCCAGGUGAGGCAGGUAUAUGCAGUCGGGUCAGCCUAGCUUCUGAGCUAAGUGAGCAGCUGAGGCAGACUGUGAACAGAGCUGAGUCGUUGUUGACUGAACCUGAUGGGACUGUGUUUAGUGAGGAGCUUCAGAUUUUGCGACCACAAAUCGAGGAGCUGAUGGCCAAGCCUUUGAAAGAGGAGGAAGACCUUGUUGAAUCAAAAAUCAACCCUGUCCAGGCAUGUUCCAAGCUGGAACAGAUGAAUGCUGAGCUGAGGAAAGGAUUUGGAGAGAUUCAGCGCUCACUUCGAGGCAUCCUCAAUCCUUCAGAGGUGACCUUUGACCCAGAAACAGCCCAUCCCAACCUUGUCCUUUCAGAUGACUUGAAGACUGUAACCUUCAGCCCCACUAAACAGCCCUACCCUCCCUCUCCUCAGAGGUUCAGCAGCUUCUUCCAGGUCCUCAGCAGCCAGACCUUCUAUGGAGGCGAUCAUUGCUGGGUGGUGGAGCUGGAAGGCUCUCCCUGGAUCAUUGGUGUGUGCUACGGUGGGAAGUUAGCACGCAGCGGGCUGCCAAGUGCCCUGGAAAGCAGCCACAACUCCUGGUGCCUGAUGUGGCACGACAACCUUCUGACAGCCUUCGAGCGGGGUCAUGGUGUGCCGCUGAAGAGAACCACAGCAUCUCGAAGGCUGGAGAUCAGGCUCAGCUUCAAGACCCACAGGCUGAGCUUCUACAAUGUCAGCCCCAGCAGUGGGAAGACUCAUGUGUACACGUUUAAGGCCAACCUGACAGAGCCAGUGCACCUGGCUUACAGAAUGAUGUCAGGGCAGGCCAAGGCACGUGCCACUAUAGGUGCAUAAUAAGAAUAAGAAUAAAGUAAAUAUCACUAUUUCAUAGCAAAUGUGCUGGAGAUUAGAGGGAAUAAAAUAGUCUUAAAAAUUCUGUCAGCGGAAUAGGAAUAUCACAAAAUGAAAUGACAGUGCUUUUGUUACAAUAAAGCAAAUUCAUAUAUAAAUAUAACAGGCUUGACAGUCAGCUAAAUGCACCAUAAAAUUGAAGCCAGCUGCUGUCUAAUAAAGGGCUUGUCAUCUGAAUUAAGAAAUCAUACCGGACUCUAUCUCCAGUUACUUAUCAGUAUGCAUAAUAAAACAAUAACUAGUCAUGAGUUAAACGUAUGUUUCUAAAGUCCUCAGGUUUCAGUUGCAUAGAGCACAGACAGACUGUGCUACUUGUAUUUCCUAAAGCAGCUUACUCCACUGUUUAAGGACUGAAUGAAUUUUGCACUUACUUGAUUACUUUUUGCCUUAAAACUUGACUUCUGAACAGGCAAACAAGCUUUCUCCAUUGAUGCUGUGUUUCUAAACAAGGGGAUAAUGAACAUUCAUUCAUAAUUAUCAAUGAUAACAGUCAAGCACUUCAUUAACUUAUCAAGCCAUGAUAUAACCAAGCGUAGAUUUGAAUUACUGGCUGUUGUGUUCCUCACACAUUUGUGUUGUGUAAUUUUUGGACAGCUCUUUACCAAAUAGCACAAUAAUUAAAUAAAUUAAAGAAGAAUAAAUGAAUAAAUAAAUAAAAUCACUAAUGAAUCCCCAUCUUAUAAGAAAUAGCUGCCAAGAGUAAAUAUGAACAUGCUGUAGUAAAUUAUUAUAUAUAUAUUUACUUGACAUCCUAAGCCAUAUUCCGAAUAACAUUGCACAUCAACUGGAAUCUCUCUCUCUCGUUUUCUGCUGUGCAGUUUGUGCAUUGCUUAUUAAAUCCUAGUAAAAUGAAAUUUUCUUCAGUGCUGUUGUAUAAUGAAUGCCUUUGGCUCAGUAUAUAGACAGCUUCUACUUAAAAGGGAGUUGUGAGACAUUUCAUGUAAGGGACGGGCAUAGGGUCAGAUCUGUAUCAGUGAGAUUACUUUUGUGGUAAGAGUGUAUGAGCAGCAUCCAAAUUUUGCAAUUUAGCCAUACCUGUAUUAGGGCCUCAUUUAAACAAUAGUACAGUGUACCCAGUUAUCUAGCAUGGUUCCUUUAUUGCAGUGCCUAUAAUAUGGGUCUCCUCAGCUUUGUUUCUUUUUUGUGUGUGCUUUGGUUUUGGGGUAAUUUUACAUUUGGUUUACAACUGUAUGAAAAUUGAAAAAAAUGAUGUUUUGCAUCUGCACUCUUUAACUCUCAAUUCUGUUUGAUAAAUAAACUUUGA